GCUCUUGCUGCAUUGUUUUGGAAAAUUGACCUCGUCGUUUUUCGUCACGUGUCAGGUGAGGACAUUGUCCUGUCGCAGGUCAACAUAUUUCGGACGGGCAAGGUGUGAUGACGAGGGCAAGCUUUGACGGAAUGAUAACAGCAGCCAGACAGUAGAUAAGUCUGACAUUAAUUUUUUCAGUUUUCCAUUUCAUCCCCCUCCCCCCUCAAAUUACUAACUGUAUCAACAUGUCAACUCCGACAACCCCCAAGACCACCAAUUCAUCUAUUUCUAACGGAACAAAGAGAUGUCAUUCCCCCUUCUUUCCUAAUGAGGAUAUUUCCAACUUGGAGAAUGAUAGACUGGAGAAAGAAGAAGGAGUGGUGUCACCGUCGCCGUCGUCAUCUUCAGUAAGCAGCAGCAGCUGUACAAACAGCCCAAAAAUGUUCCCCAUCUUUCAAAAGAACUAUCGGCCAAAGGAGACCAAUUUGUUGAGAUCUGUGAAACUCGAGGUGGAGAAAGUUACGCCAAAGAAAAGAAAGAAGACUUUACUCACGAAAGAGACGAAUGGUAUGACACAAAUGGUGUUGGACGCCGGGCAGAAACAGAUUGGGCCAAAGUAUUGCGACGAGUGUGGGCUUUUGUACUCUCCUGGAGACUUCAUUGACGAAGAAGAACAUCGAAAGGCACAUGUUCGGAUUCAAAACACUUUUCAACUCACGUUGUGGAAAGAUGCAAAGAUUUUGUUUAACUAUCAUGACGGGUGUCAAAUCAUCAUGGUGCUUGCCACAGACGUUGCAAGGGUGAAGAACCGGCUGAGAGACUUUUUAGCUUGGUUAGACUCUGAACUUGGUGCUGGUUAUGACCCAUCCGGAACAAGGAAGUCGGAAAGAAUCUUUCUCUACACCUCGCGUACCACUCGGAAGAAUGUUGUACGAAUUCUUGGUUGUGGAAUCAUGGAACUUCCAGACAUUUCAAGAAUGAUUACUUCACCUCUGCUAGUCGACGAAAAGGGGUUUACAUCACAAAAUUCGAUGGAGUUCGACUCAAUUUCCACCACUUCAUCGCCAACGUCACAAUCGCAAUCUCAAAACGAUGAUGAUGAUAAUACAACAACUACAGUUCAAAAAAAUCAUUCCAAUCACGAGGUUCUCAUCGGUGUCACACGAUUGUGGACCGACUCUGGGUUUCGGAGACGAAACAUUGCUUCAAAAAUGUGCGAAAUAAUGCGCUUUAACAGUGGGAUUUUAGGAUAUGUCGUCCCCAAAGAGAAUUUUGGCAUAUUAGAACCUUCCGAUGAUGGGAGGGCUUUUAUGGCCAAAUUUUCUGGUGGUGGGGGUGCCAUAUAUACUUAUAUGUAAAUGAUUUAAAUUAACCAUUUUUGUACUGAAUUAUAAUAAUUUUUCAGACUUAGCAUUAUCAUUCAGAGAAUUCCUUAUAGAGAAAAAAAUACGCCUUCCAGUUACUCAAUACGCUUAAAAAACAUAAAUGUACAAGAACAAUAAUUGUGUACAAAACUUAAACUACAUGGUGAUUGUAUGAUAAAUUAAUAAAUUGUAUGAUAAAUUAAUAAAUAAAUGAACUUUUGUACCGAGAAAACUAUA